CGCCGUGUUUACCAGCUAGCAUUAGCGUGCUAACUUUCCAUCAGGGAGUUCGGGUUAGCUCGCUGGCUGCGUCGUUGUGAAAAAAGCAAUGUUCCUCAUUUCUUUUUCUCAUCUUAACGGCUCUCCAGCCCGGUGUGUGUCUUUAUUUAACCCCGGGCACGCUUUAGUGAGUUGUCUUGUGCAUUUUGUGCUUUAAACGGGAGUUGACGUUAGCAUUCACCGUGAGUAAACGUCCUGCUUACUGACAGGAAAGCGAUGCGAACGCGUCGUUAAGUUAUUGAUACGGUGGCGGUGCAUCGUGUGCAAACAUACGUGCAGUUUGGGAUUAAACUGUUGCAGUAACGUUGACGCUAACAAACUUUUCGGUAGCCUGUCGUUAGCGUUUUUUUUAAGGAGCGUUUCCAGAUGUCCGGAGGCAGCUGCCAGCAGGAAGCACACACUGGACUUUUCUGGCAUUUUCUUUCCAGAAACUAAAAAAGAGUGUCGGAACCUGGCAGUAUUACAGCCAAUUUAACGCUAUUAAAAUCAUUACUGGUUGCAAGUGCUUUUUGGACCGUGGGACGGAUGAAAGGUGGAAGCUGUAGGAAGCCCAGCUGGGCUGUAGCUGCUCUGUUGAUCCCAGUUACCCUGCUGAUGCUGACGUCCAGGGGGGCAGCAGGCAACCACAAGAUGACACAAACUGCAAUGGCCCGUGCAACAGCCUCUGCUGCAGGACCGGGCCCCAGCCUGACCGAUUACCUCCAAGCAAACAUCUUGUACAGCGAACAUCUUCAUGUUUGGCUCUUGUCCCUGGUGGGCUCUGUGGCUGUUGGCCUCAGUGGGAUUUUUCCGCUUCUUGUCAUUCCCAUUGAAGCUGGAGCAGCCCUCAAAACAGAAGCUGGUGGCCAGAGGCUGAAGCAGCUCCUGAGCUUUGCUAUUGGUGGUCUUCUUGGGGAUGUGUUCCUUCACCUCCUCCCCGAGGCGUGGGAGCGCUCCCGCUCCUCAGCUGGUAAACACAACCACUACAUCACCCAGGGCCUGUGGGUAAUUGGUGGCCUGUUGGCAUUCCUCCUCCUGGAGAAAAUGUUCCCAGACAAAGACAGCCACGAGGAUCUACCAUCAAAUUCAGACCUGAAUUCAAAUUCUGCUUCUAUUUCAGCUCUCAGUGGAAAGCCAUCGCCGUCACUUAGAAAUGGGCACCACGCUGAGUCAUGGAAAUCCUCCCAGCACCAAAGCCUGCAGGAAAGAUCACAGAAAAUCAAGACAUGUGGAUACCUAAACCUACUGGCCAACUGCAUUGACAACUUCACCCAUGGACUGGCGGUUGCAGGAAGUUUCCUGGUUAGCAAAAAAGUUGGGUUCCUCACCACCUUUGCUAUCCUGCUCCAUGAAAUCCCCCACGAGGUGGGAGACUUUGCCAUUCUGCUGAGGGCCGGGUUUGACCGGUGGAGUGCCGCCCGCAUGCAGCUCUCCACGGCGCUGGUCGGGGUCUUGGGAGCUUGCUUCGCUCUGUGCGCUCAGUCACCAAACGGCACAGAAAACGCCACUGCCUGGAUCUUGCCUUUUACCUCUGGAGGCUUCCUCUACAUAGCCUUGGUGAAUGUGGUGCCAGAACUGCUGGAGGAGUCCAGUUUAAGGCAGUCUUUCCUGCAGAUCCUACUCAUUUUCUGUGGCGUGGCGGUCAUGGCUGUGCUCUCUGCCAUUGUUAAUUGAACACGGAGAAAGCGCUUUUCUCGUCUAAAACUCUCAAAUUCUCCAACAACCCCUUAUAUUUUUUUACCUCUUAUUCAUAGAAACUUUUUAUAAUGUUACACUACAGAAAUCUUUCAGAAGAACGUCACUUUAUAGAUGUAAAAGCUUCAUAUUCUGCCGACAAGAUAUUUAUGGCGACAAGAUUGUGCCAAACUAAGAGAUCCAUUUAAUUUUGUUUUUUUUGUGGAUCUGUUACCAAAUUGUCUUGCAUUGCUGAUCAGACAAUCGUGUUGUUUUGCACAUACAUUUACACAGGUACACCUGAGGUACCAGCUCAACAGAGCAGGUUGUAUUGGUCUUUACCAGAAAAGCUUUUUUUUUAAUGUAUUAAUCCCUGAAUUGUUUAAACAUUGUAUAUAUUAUUUUUUGGAUUUAGCUGCUGUUUAUUUAUUAAAUUAGACGAGCAUUCUAUAGUUUUAUUAGACGUGCACCACAUUCUCUUAAUCAUUCUGUCACAUUAAGAUAUAAGUGCCAAGAAGUCAGGAUGGUUUGUUGACAAAAAAUUUUCUGUUUUGUAGCUUCUUCAUGCAGUCCAGUCUGCACUUUUUGAUCUGUGCUUGAAUAAAUAAUUGUAAUAUUAUAAUAUAAAUUGAAAAUAGUUUAUUCACAAAGCGUCCCAAUCUUUUUCUUAAUCAGCUUUCAUUUAUACUGUUGUCAAGAAUUCAGUGAGGAUAGUGAUAUAUUACCACUUUAGGAAACAUCCCCAUGUAGGAUUUACAUCUAUGAAAAAUAAGUUUUAUGAAUUUACAAAAAAAAGACAACACAUAUUAGCAGACAAUUAGUGUGAAGAGCGGGAACAUGUGUGAUAAUGAUCUCCGUUGGAUUAGGAUUUCCUAAUAUUGAUUGGUAGAGCUGUGUGAAGGUGCUGAGCAGACGAGUGUGUUGUGACCUCGAUGCACAAAAAGCUGUCCCACCAUGAGCAUAUUUUUACUGCAGAGGUCCUAUGCCUAAAAUGUCAUAUGGGAGGGAGGGGGGGUAUUGAUUGUGUUCACACUUGUCCAAUUUCAACACAGUCAGUUUGGCAAGCUUCAGUUGCCAUAACGACUUCGCCGCGGGUUGCCUUCCUUAGUCAUCAGCCUGAGAGCGGCCUAUUGUCUGUGGGAGCCUUCCUCGGUCACGGCACAGAAGAACAACAAGCAACCAACAUGAACGCUGUGGUGCAAACACGUGAUCGAAAAAUCGAUCAUUGGAUUUCCGUUGUGUUCCAAGAACGUCGUUGUAACGUCAGAAUUAUAUUAACGGAUUUUGUUGAUUUUAUAUUAUACAACACAAUAAAACCCUCUACUUGGUUGCUCUGA